UGUAGUCGGUGCGGUUUCCCGGAGGAUGAUAAUGAAGAUAAUUCAAAUGAUGGGACCCAACCAUCCAAAAGGAGGCGAAUGGGCUCAGGAGAUAGCUCUAGGAGUUGUGAGACUUCAAGUCAAGAUCUUGGCUUUAGCUACUAUCCAGCAGAAAAUUUGAUAGAGUACAAAUGGCCACCUGAUGAAACAGGAGAAUACUAUAUGCUUCAAGAACAAGUCAGUGAAUAUUUGGGUGUGACCUCCUUUAAACGGAAAUAUCCAGAUUUAGAGCGACGAGAUUUGUCCCAUAAGGAGAAACUCUACCUGCGGGAGCUGAAUGUCAUCACAGAGACGCAGUGCACUCUAGGUUUAACAGCAUUGCGCAGUGAUGAAGUGAUUGAUUUAAUGAUAAAAGAAUAUCCAGCCAAACAUGCUGAAUAUUCUGUUAUUUUACAAGAAAAAGAACGUCAGCGAAUUACAGAUCAUUAUAAAGAGUAUUCUCAAAUGCAACAACAGAAUACUCAGAAGGUUGAAGCCAGCAAAGUGCCUGAGUACAUUAAGAAAGCUGCCAAAAAAGCAGCUGAAUUUAACAGCAACUUAAACCGGGAACGUAUGGAAGAAAGAAGAGCUUAUUUUGACUUGCAGACACACGUUAUCCAGGUGCCUCAAGGGAAGUACAAAGUGUUACCGACAGAGCGAACCAAGGUCAGUUCUUACCCAGUGGCCCUCAUCCCCGGACAGUUCCAGGAAUAUUACAAAAGGUAUUCAUUGCUCUGCACACAGAAGAACCCCCUUCAGGCAGUGCUUGAACGUCUGCUGUCUGCUGACAAGCCCCAGGCUGCCCAUCUCCCCGCCCCCCUGCUUGUGUUUCUCCCUCUUCUACCCUUCCAGCCAAAGGUCAUUCCAAAUGCUCUAUGUGGAAUUUGUCUGAAGGGUAAGGAGUCCAACAAGAAAGGGAAGGCUGAAUCACUUAUACACUGCUCCCAGUGUGAGAAUAGUGGCCAUCCUUCUUGCCUGGAUAUGACCAUGGAGCUUGUUUCUAUGAUUAAGACCUACCCAUGGCAGUGUAUGGAAUGUAAAACUUGCAUUAUAUGUGGACAACCCCACCACGAAGAAGAAAUGAUGUUCUGUGAUGUGUGUGACAGAGGUUAUCAUACUUUUUGUGUGGGCCUUGGUGCUAUUCCAUCAGGUCGCUGGAUUUGUGACUGUUGUCAGCGAGCCCCCCCAACACCCAGGAAAGUGGGCAGAAGGGGGAAAAACAGCAAAGAGGGAUAAAAUAUGGAUUUAAAUGAAAUAUUUGGUGCCAGCUUAUUUACAUUCUCAAUUUUAUGCCAAUAAAAGAUUCUGAAAUUAACUAUGUGCUUAAAA